CCCCUGUCCCCAUCCCUGUCCCCUCCCGUCCCCUCCGGCUCUCCAUCCCCAGGCCCGGCCGCCUCCCCCGCUCGCCACCAUCGCUCCCAAGGGCGACGAGGACCUGCUGGCGCUGGCCGCGUCGCGGCUGAGCCGCAGGAAGCGAGUGGCCGGCGUGGCCAUCGGCGUGGCCAUGCUGCUGGUGCUGCUGGUGGCCAUCCCGCUGCUGGUGCACGGCUCCAAGGCGGCCGCGCACUACGAGAUGCUGGGCAGCUGCCGCAUGGUCUGCGACCCCUACCCCGAGCUGGCCCCGGCUUCUCCCCCUCCCUUCCUGCCCGGAGCCAAGGGAGAGCCGGGCCGAAAGGGUCGCGCCGGCCUCCGAGGGCCACCGGGGCCACCGGGCCCGCGGGGACCCCCGGGAGAGCCGGGCCGGCCGGGACCACCGGGACCACCGGGGCCGGGGCCGGGGGGGUACAUCCCGUCCUUCUACAGCCCCAAAAUCGCUUUUUACGCCGGCCUGAGGAAGCCGCACGAGGGUUACGAGGUUCUGCGCUUCGACGAUGUGGUGACCAACGUGGGUAAUUACUACGAGCCCUCGAGCGGCAAGUUCACGUGUCCCCUGGCCGGGAUUUACUUCUUCACCUACCACGUCCUGAUGCGAGGAGGCGACGGCACCAGCAUGUGGGCUGAUCUCAUGAAGAACGGGCAGGUCCGGGCCAGCGCCAUCGCGCAGGACGCCGACCAGAACUACGACUACGCGAGCAACAGCGUCAUCCUGCACCUGGACGUGGGCGACGAGGUGUUCGUCAAACUGGACGGGGGCAAAGUGCACGGGGGCAACACCAACAAGUACAGCACGUUCUCGGGCUUCAUCAUCUACCCGGACUGACCCCCCGGGACCCCCGGGACCCCCCCCAAAACCCAGCACGUUCUCGG